GCCUCAGUUGCCACACGACAGGACGGCCAAACGGGCGAAUUAGGAGGUAGAAGACUCAGGCCUAGUCUAAAAACCGUAUCCGACAGAUACACCGACAGGCAAAUUAAUAAUAAUAAUUAAAAGCGCUUCGUGACAAAAUCCCCUCUCCCUCCUCUCCACUCUGAUAUGGCAAAUAAAAAAUAAAUAAAUAAACGAAAUAAUUCUCGAAAAUCUUUGUAUCUGUGUAUCGGAGAACUGAAACCGAAAAGAGGCCGUCGUUUGGCGCUCUCGCAUCUCAGUUGCCAGUGGGCGAAAGACGCAACUGCUGCGACCUUGCAAUGCCCUUGAAUGACACUCUUAUUGCGACCAAGUCGCCAACGUUGCCACUCCAACGGGCGCUGCUGCCACGGCUGCCACUCAGCGCUGGCAAAAAUAUAAAUAAAAAUAAUAACAAUAUUAGCUAAAAUCCACGUAACUACAUAGACGACUACAUAAAGCCAAAAACGAAACGCUGCGCUGGGAAAAAGUGAAAAUUUUAUUGUAGUCAAAAAGUUUUCGCGUGCCUUCGUGAAAGCCGAAACACCCCGACGGAUCCUUAUCAAAGCCUUAACCCAAAUCAAAACGAGAGUGCGCUAAAUAUAAACGAAAUAAUUAAGGUUUUACAACAAAUUUACAUCCUCAAUAUAGAAAAAUCAAAUUGAAUAGCAAGAUAAUUGAAAACAUAUCUGAAAAAUCCGAGAAAAAGAAAGUGUUAUCUAACUAGCGCCCCCUGGCGGCUUGUGUACCUGUGUGUGUGUGCGGCAAGUAAAAGUGAAAGUUCUCGACUGGCGAAUAUCCUUCGGUAACCUUUCCCCAACAUUGGGUCACUUCCUUUGGCAUCGAAACAUAAACGACAGCAGGGCACGCAAUAACCAAAAGGCCCCAGCAUAUAUAGUAACUAUAUAUACCUAGAAUCGGUAUAUGUAGGCGAUAUUUAUGCCACAGCUUUUGACAAGCAAUUCUUUUUAUUGCUACGCCGACGGGCGCGAGGAAAACACUGGCAAAGGCUGAAAAGGGAACGCCUUGGAAUAAUAUUAAAACAUCAGAUAUUCCGCAGAUCGGUUGCACCAGACACGAUUGUGUGCCGACGUGACGUAAAUGAACGAUCCCGGCGAUAUACCUCUGACACACACGAGCACUCCGGACAGCAGGCCGCCCUGCAGCAUUAUCUCCAUCAUACCAACCAUAGGGAUGUCCUCAUGUCGCGGAAGAGCCGAGGCAUUCGCACGGAGUCUGUCCUCCAAGCUGCGCACCUUGGGAUCACAGACAACCGAGGAGGGCGAGGGCAACGCCGAGGACGAGCCGAUCAUCAAUGGAACCAGUACGAACACGUGGGUUAAUUCCCACGACUCGGAACAGACGGUGACGGAUCUGCAGCCACUUCGCCAUGAGUCCGACUCCUUCUUCGACUUCGACUGCGAGCUGGAGUCGCCGGGUAGUCCUGUGGACGAGUGCGAGUACCUGCGCCUGAUCGAAACCGCCUCGAAUACGCCGCACAACUCUACGGCGGAGUCGGGCUAUGCCUGCGCCUCAAUGGCCAGCAGUCACAGCAGCAGCACCGAUGGCCCCUACUUUGAUGCUUCCGCUUCCACAUCCACAGCUGCAGCUGCCCAGGACCAAAAGCUGCCAGCCUCGGAACUCAAGGAGUAUGUGAAUACCCUACAAAUAAAUGGAAGGCAUGGACUGGUCAACGGAGUGCAGGAGGAACAGCCAGCUGGGCAGGACGUGGUCCAGGAGGACGAGACCUUCUUGCAGGCCCAGAUCCUCAGUGAGCUUCAGAAGCAUAGCAUCAGUUUGAGGGAAGUAGAGCAGGCGAAGCCCGAAGAGGAGAAGCUCAGCAAUGGGCAUCUUGAGGAAGUGGAGGAACUAGAACUGAAGGAAGUCCUGGAGGUAGCUGGUACUACAAACAGAGUUCAAGAGUUGGUCGCCGCUCCACAAGAAGAGGUAAUCUCUAAUGACAAAGCCCCAGAGGAAACCCCUUAUGAUAAAGUUCAAAAAGAAAACUCCCAGGAGAGGGUUCAGGAAGAAAUACCUUACGAGAGAGUUCAAGAGGAAACUCCAAUCGACAGAGUCCAAGAGGAAACCUCCAAUGACAGAGUCCAAGAGGAAACCUCGUACAAAUCCCCCACAGAAACCCCCUAUGAAAGAUCACCCACAGAGGAAACCUCCUCCCCAGACAGGACCCUUCAGGAAACCAAAGACGUGGAGCUCUCACCGGACAGUGGUGUGGAUGAAACAGACAAAUCAGCCAGUAAUCUCACCGUAAAUGUGGAUCUGGCCCAAAUCGAACAGGCCAAACAGGAUGCCACUGAGGCUGUGGAAAAGAGUGGAGGUCACCACAGUCACGGCAUUGAUACUACAGAUGACGAAGAUGAUUGCAGACCCCAGCGUAUCAGGCGCUGCUCCUCCCUUAAGACGGGAAAGACACCACCCGGAACUCCAGGACGCAAGAAGAUCGUGAGGUUUGCCGAUGUUCUUGGCCUCGAUUUGGCCGAUGUUAAGACCUUCCUAGACGAGAUACCUAACAUACCCAAAUCGGCGUUCGAGGAUCUAGAGAUAUUGGAGUCGGAACCACCUCUACAGCUGGGUCCCAAAUCCGAUAAGCUACUGAUGCCGCUGUUCCAGCAGCCAGGUGGACUGCCCAAGUUCCUCGAUGCGGUCAGGGAGAAGCAGGUGUCGCUGGAAAACGCUGCCGUGUCGGAUAAUAUCAACCAGACGAUAUCUGGAUCGGUGCGCGUGCGCAACCUCGAUUUCCACAAGUCGGUGCAUAUAAGGUACUCGCUGGACGGGUGGAGGAGCUAUGCCGACUUGCAGGCCAACUACGUGGAGAACUCCUGCGAUGGCUUCUCUGACAUCUUUACCUUUGUGCUGUUCGGAAACUCGCUGCACGUGGGCCAGAGACUAGAAUUCGCCGUGAGAUUCCAGUGCAAGGGCCAGCAGUUCUGGGACAACAAUUACGGGGCCAACUACUGCUUCCAGUGUCUGCCCAGCUCGACACAUACCACCGGCAGCUCGACGGCAUCGCCUCCGACCGUGGCGACUGGCGCCGUAACCUCCGGCCACGGUGCCAAUCUGGUCGGAAUGCUAAGCCCCACGGCGGGCGAUGCCUGGUGCAGCUCCUUCUACUAACCGGUGGCGAUGGGCCCGCACUAAAGGCACUGGCACUCCGUAUAGAAACCAUCCCGCAUCCAUCCACCCUCUACCCAUUGGCAUGACACCAAGGUCAGGGACUUAUCCCGGACCUUGACGUUGUGUCUACGUCCCCGAAAGAAUUCGAGUCCCUCAAGUCCCAGUUGACCGGCCAGUCAGAGAUCACAGAUCAGAAUAUCUACCUUUAAUAGGCUACCUCUUCAUUAGGGUGUUUCGAUUAUGCACUAGAGAUUCUGGAAGGGUAUAAGUAAUUCUUUGGCAGUUCUUAAACAACUUUUGUUUAUUAAAUGGCAGACUUAAAAGCUGUCUUCAUAUCUGAACAUUUUUCUGAAAUUUUAUAGCCUAAAUCACUUCAUGAAAAUCUCAGACUAGCAAAAAAGAUGGCAAAAGGAAACUUAACCGUAGUUACCUUAUAAACUGACAACAAUUACUUAUCCCAUUCCAGGAUAUUGUAGUUUAUGUACACCGAGAAAUCGAACCACCCUAACCUUCAGCGCGAAGGCAAACAUUGUUUAUAUUUUUAUAGAACGGAAAAGAUUGAAGGGAUUAGAGAAGGAGGAAGAGGAGCUGUAAGAGCUAAAUGAGCGCCACAAAAAUAAAGUAAAAACAAAGCAGAGUAGUGCGAGCAAGAACAAAAGCCAGCAAAGUUCGAAUGAAUCCCAAAGAUAGUUGUUAGUCGUAUGUUAUAAGAAGAGCAAGUGAUAACAAACUAAAAAUCAGAUCAGUUUCUUCAA